AUGAAAUCAUGGAACAGCUCAGUGGCCAACUCCAAUAGCAGUAAUGUGCUCUCUUCCAUCUUCUACCUCACAGGCAUCCCUGGCUAUGAAGAAGCUCACUGCUGGAUUUCCAUCCCUUUCUGCCUGCUUUAUUUAAUCGGGAUAGUUGGAAAUAGCACCAUCCUUCACAUCAUUAGGAUUGACCCCAGUCUCCAUGAACCCAUGUACUACUUUCUUGCCAUGUUGUCCCUUACAGACAUGGGUAUGUCCCUUUCCACACUACCCACUGUGCUUAGGAUCUUCUGGUUUAAUGCCAAUGAGAUCACCUUUGAUGCCUAUGUGAUCCAAAUGUUUUUCAUCCAUUCUCUGUCACUGAUGGAGUCAGCUGUACUCUUGGCCAUGGCUUUUGACCGCUAUGUGGCUAUCUGUAAUCCUCUAAUGUAUGCUGUCAUUCUCACGCCACGGCGCAUUAUUAACACAGGAGUUAUUUUACUCCUUAGGAGCACAACUCUCUUACCACCCUUGCUAGUCUGCCUCUUGUGGUAUCCCUUCUGUGGCUCCCAUGUCCUCUCUCAUUCAUUCUGUCUACAGCAAGAUCUGAUUAGGUUAGCCUGUGCUGACACUACCUUCAAUGCCGUGUAUGGGCUGACUUUGGUUAUAUUAUUCUGGGGGGUGGACUCCAUAGGUAUCAUCAUGUCUUACAUCUUCAUCCUCCGCUCUGUGCUGAGAAUUGCAUCCCGAGAGGAACGUCUCAAGGCCCUCAACACAUGUGCCUCCCAUAUCUGUGCCGUCUUCAUUCUCUAUGUGCCUAUGAUUGGGCUGUCCAUGGUACAUCACUUUGCAAAGCAUUCCUCUCCUCUUGUUCAUAUCCUAAUGGCCAACAUUUACCUUCUGGUGCCUCCUGUGCUCAACCCCAUUAUCUACAGUGUCAAGACUAAGCAGAUACGUCGAGGAAUCUUUCAGAUACUGGCACCACAGAGACUUCUUUCCACCUUCAAGUAA